GGCUCUUCUCUAAGAUGGCGGCGGCGCUGAGUGCAGGCUGCCUGGCGGCCCGACGGCUCCUCUGGGCCGGGUCUGGCCGCCGCCUUGUGCGGGGCUCAGCUCCAGCGAGCCGGUCCAUACAACUUGGGACAAGCAGAUUCAGGGCCACCAAGGCAGCAACGCAAAUAGUUUUAAAUGUUCCUGAGACUAAAGUGUCUUCUCUGGAAAAUGGCCUGAGAGUAGCUUCUGAAGAUUCUGGACUCUCAACAUGCACAGUUGGUCUUUGGAUUGAUGCUGGAAGCAGGUAUGAAAAUGAGAAGAACAACGGAACAGCUCACUUUCUGGAGCAUAUGGCUUUCAAGGGGACAAAAAAGAGGUCUCAAUUAGACCUGGAACUAGAGAUUGAAAACAUGGGAGCUCAUCUUAAUGCCUACACAUCCAGAGAACAAACUGUGUAUUAUGCAAAGGCUUUCUCAAAGGACUUGCCAAGAGCUGUGGAGAUUCUUGCUGACAUCAUACAGAACAGUACACUGGGGGAAGCAGAGAUCGAGCGGGAGCGAGGAGUUAUCCUUCGAGAGAUGCAGGAAGUUGAAACCAAUUUGCAGGAAGUUGUCUUUGAUUAUCUUCAUGCCACAGCCUAUCAGAACACUACACUGGGACGGACAAUAUUAGGCCCCACCGAAAACAUCAAAUCCAUAAAUCGCAAUGACUUGGUGGAGUACAUAACAACACAUUAUAAAGGACCCAGGAUAGUGCUGGCUGCUGCUGGAGGUUAGUAUGAGA